AUGAUGGGAAGUGUGUAUAUGUGUUUUUUUGUGCGUCCUGUGUAUCCUCACUUGUUUGCCAGCAGCAGAAGAAUUAUUCUUUCUUUCUAUUUUUAUUCCGGGCUUUCAUCUUUCUUUCUUUCUAUCUUUUCUUUCUUUCUUUCUUUCUUUCUUUCUUUCUUUCUUUCUUUCAAGGUUUCUUUCUCUCUUGAUUUCUUUUUUUCUCACUUUCAUUCUAAUGUUCUUUCUCUCUUUCGAGUAGUCUUUCGAGAUUACUUUCGAAAUUCCAAAACUUCUUUCUUUCUUUCUUUCUUUCUUUCUUUCUUUCAAGCUUUCUUUCUCUCAAGAUUUCUUUUUUUCUCGUUAUUUCUUUCUAGAUUUCUCAGUUUCUGUCUUUCAUUUUCGUUCCUUCUUUCUUUCUUUCUUUCUUUCUUUAUUUAUUUAUUUAUUUAUUUAUUUCUAGAUCUCUUUCAAGGUUUCUUUAAGAUUUCUUUCUUUCAAGCAUUCUUUCUUCAUUUUUCUUUCAUCCUUUCUUUCCUUUAUUCUUUCUUUCCUUCAUUUUUUCUUUCUUUCUAUAUUUCUUUCUUCCUUGCUUUCUUUACACUGGAGGAAUACACUAUCUAUUUAAUUAUGCUCCUAUCUAUCUAUCUAUCUAUCUAUCUAUCUAUCUAUCUAUUUAUCUAA